UGGCUGCAUAUAGAAUACCUUAAAUGAUAGAAAAUGCAAGAUACUGACAUAUGUUGCCUUCAAAUCACUUGACUAGGCAUGCAUCAGAUAAUUCAGUAGAACAAAAUAUACAAGAUCCAUAUUUUCCAUGGUCAUGGAAACCAAGACAUAGACUGACUGGAUUAUUAAAUCAAGGCGGAACAUGUUAUUUGAAUACUCUGCUACAAACAUUACUUCAUACACCAGAAUUUACAUAUCGUUUAUUCAGCUUGGCAAGAAUUGUUGGCAAAAGAAAUCUGAGACGUAUGAUACAAGAAAUGCUCAAUUUAUUCUCUGCAUUGAUAACAACUAACGGUGGCGCAAUCUCCUCAAAGCCAUUGACAGAUAGUUUUGGUUGGACAGAAGAUGAAGUAUGUGUACAUCAAGAUAUCCAAGAGCUGAAUCGUUUAUUAUUUGAACAGAUUGAAAUCGCCUUGAAAGAUACACCAGAAAUGAAUUUAAUCAAUGAUUUAUUUCGUGGAAUUCAAUGUACACGGAUUCAAUGUUCAAUAUGCGGUAGAAUUAGUGAAAGAAAUGAUGAAUUUCAAGAUAUCAAUCUAUCUGUAAUUGAUAAUGAUUCUGUUGAAGAUUCGCUAACAGCACACACACAAGUGGAACAAUUAACUGGUGAUAAUCAAUACUUUUGUGAGACAUGUCAAAGAAAAGUGGAUGCGUUGAAGGUGACACGUUUUGAAGAACUUCCACCGAUUUUAACACUUUCAUUGUCACGUUUUUAUUUUGAUGCAGAAAUAAUGCAAUCUGUGAAGUUAGAAAAAUUAUGCAGUUUCCCGUUUAUCUUGGAUAUGACAAAUUUUUUAAGUCAAAAACCUAAACAGAAAUUAAAAUAUGAAUUAUUUUCAGUUGUAAUUCAUGUUGGCGGUAGUACUGGAGGUGGGCAUUAUCAUGCAUUUAUUAAAGAUCCAUAUGGUACAACAUCUACAGGUGAAAGAGAUAGUCAAUCGAAUAAUAAAUGUACAAACCCAAUGAACUGUUCAGCAACAAGUACACAAAAUAUACGAUUAGACAGUAGUAAUAAUAAAUUAGAAAAUAGUCAAGAAUCAAAUCAACACGAUGUAUUGAUUAAUUCGCAUAAAUUCCCAUUGAAUGAUAACUCUGCUGGUGCUGCUGCCUAUAUCGAUCAUAAUGAUAAGAUGAUUGAACAUUUAACAAAUGAUGGAGAAACUCAUCUGGCCCAUGGUACCUAUAAAAAUGACAACAGUGGUGUGGACGAUGAAGACAAUGGUGACGCGGACAAUACAACUCGCAUGAUCAAUGAUGAUGGAAAUAGUGAUAAAAAUACCAAUGAUAGAAAACAUGAUGAUGAUAAUGGCAUCGAAAUUUCACUAGAUAAGCAAAAAAAUGAAACCCAUAGUAAACUAAAUUCACAUGAAUCUGUAACAUCAGCUAGCUUAAAUCAAAAAUCUUCAGCAUAUGAAAAUAAUUUACCAUUGAAUCGAAAAAUAAUAUUAAAAGAGAUAGAUAAACAAGCAAAAUUGACCGAUGAGUAUGAAGCGUACGAUUCAAAUUUCGGCCAUUCAGAAGUGGAUACAUUAAAACAAAACGGGAAUUCUAAGCAUGAAAUAUUAUUAUUUAAAGAUAAUUUUGAUAAGAAUACUACUGAUAAUAAAAAAUCAAUAAAUGAUACAUGUUAUGAACAAGUCAAUAGAAAAGAAGCGGAACAAGAUCACUGCUUGCACAUGAAUUUGCAAACAAAUGAAAUUAAUUUAAAGAAUUUACAAAUUAAUGAUCUUCAUAAGUCGCCAACAACGUUAAUCAAUAAAAAAUCUAAUGAAAAAGUAACACAACUUGAUUUUAUUGAUCUAUUAAAAUCUCAGUCCAUGAUAACAAUAAUCAAUAAAGAUCAAUUAUCCAAUAGAAAAGAGAAUAACAAUGUACGUGAACAGAAUUCACCGAAUAAGGGUAAAACCAAAGUACAGCAUUGUCCUAGUAAGCAUACUAUAGGCAAUACAAUGAAGUCCCUUGACAAGAUAAAAGAAACACCGAUACAACAAUUAGAUGGUAUUAAAGUUUAUCCUGUUACGAGUACUUCUACUACUAACAUGAAGUCUACCAGUAGUACAAGGCAACCAACUGAAUUAAAUGAUCAACGGAAUUACAGGCGAACAAAUCAUAGUCAGUACAAUACAAUAUAUUCAAAUAAAAGAAUGAUGAGUCAAAUCAACUUAAAAAAUUCUACAUCGAACAGGUUAAGAAAUAAACCAAUACAUCGAGGAAUGAAAAAUGAAAGAUUAACAGCUAAACAUCAGCGAAGUCAGCACAAUAAUACAGGGAUGCAGUCAACUAGUUCAACGGAGAAGUUGAUUGCUACAAAUUCUAUAGAUGAAAUAUUGACAAUGCCACCAGCUCCACCAACCCCGUUAGUAAAAUCAACAACAACAACAAAAACAAGGACAAAAAUUCCAUUUGUCAAUCCAGAUAAAUUGUAUCCAUGCCCAUCGGUCAAGUCAAAGCAACCGGAUAAGUGGAGAUCACGAUUAUUUGAAGCUGAUCAUAGAAAUGAUCACCUAAUGCCUAGAGCUUUAUCAUCAAAUGAUUCACAGUAUCAUCGAAGUAUUUCAAGAUGUGAAGAUUUAUUAAGUCAUGUUAUGAAAAAUGCUCCUAGACAAAUUGACGGUUCACUGUCUAAUAUCAAGCGUACUACAGCAAAACUAACCUCAAGUUACUCUGAUAAUGAUCAACAAAAGAAUGCAACUCAAAAUGUUACACUGAAUGAUUCAAGGCGCCAAUUAAAACAUAAAUUAUCUACACUCCAAGGUCAUCAACAAGAUAAUGAUGCUGAUGGCGGUCAUGUUGGUGAACAGUUAGCAUCUUCAACGACUUUUGCUCAAACGAAACCAAACGACCACCGUGAUCAACAUCUUCAUCAACAAGAAAAUCAACAAUAUGUAAGAAAUAAUAGUACAAAAAAUAUUUCAGACAAAACGAAUAAUUAUUCUGAGACAGUUUAUGGUAGAUGGUUUGAUGUGAAUGAUGAUUACAUAAUUGAAAUUGAUCCAAUGACAUUUCAUAAAGUUUUUGAGGGUCCUGAAUGUGCAUAUAUGCUAUUCUAUCGUUUACGUAGUCUACCAAUGCCAAUUUAG